AUGCACUGUCAAUCGAGGAGCUGCCUGUUUGAGACCGUCAGCACUUCCAAUUCGUCGGCUCUGAAAUACCAGUUGCCACCGAGAUACACACGGCCAUAAGAAUCGUUCACCCCGCGAUAGCCCGCAGGCCAUCCAUCAGGCCAGUCACGAGGAUUGCACGUAAACUGGCAGUGACUCAUGUCCCUCUCAUCACCCAAGCAUAGAUCUUUGAUUGUCAGCAUCUCCCUCUCGUUCGAUCUUUCAGUGAACGUUCCACAUUUUCUGCACUUAUAGCCAUCGUCUUCCGGUUCCCAUUCCCACGGCGGCAGAGCAUCUGCCGCCAUGGUCAUCAUGGACUCGCGCAGAUGUGGCGAAUCCAUUCUGGUCGGCUCGUCGAAGUGGCCGGCCAGAGAGAAAUACCACACAUCACACCGAAAGUGAUAUCCUCGUUGAAGAUCGUACGACCAAACUCUAGGGUUAUCCCAUGACCUUCCGUCAUCCGAGAACCCAUCGGGCAGCUUGAGGGACUCGUUGAUGUAGGCUCCGAAAACGUACUCGCCCACGCCAACGAUGAAAAGCAGAGGUUUCGCCUCGUCGCCCACACACCGAAGAACGUCCUUGUACUGCCAACCAUCCAGAGAUCCGCUAUAAUGACGGACAAAAGAACUUUGGAAAAAGAGUGUGUCGGGGCUCGAGGAUGUGUGUACUGUACCUGUAGAGCAGCUUGAGCUCGGUGGCAUUGACCCAGCCGCAUAGAGCGCCGUAUUGCCCGUCUGAUAGACCCAACGAGUCGACAAAAGCUCCUCUGGCCCGCUGAGAGUGUUCCCAUUUCUUCUUCCACUCAUCCCUCUGAGCCCUGUGUUUGUUGCUGACUCUGUUGGCCUCCUCGAGCUGACUCAACAGCUGCUUGUUCUGCUCAGUGAGCAGCGAGAUGGUCUCCUCACUCAACGAGUCCCCUCCGGCCGCCAGCCGUCUUGUCAACAGCCCACACGUCUUCUCAUGUGGCCUUCUCGCCGCCAGCCGCUGCAGCAGAGGGGCAUAAUGGCUGUGUUGGGAAGGUGCAAUGAAGGCCAACGCUGUCGAUGAGGCCGACAGACAGAUGGCUAUGAGCACUGGCGUGACGACAAAACGACUCAUCCUUUCUUCUCAAAACUGACCCUACAGGUGCUGCAAUCAAUGAGGGUGCCUCUGGAUGCCAGAUUUCUC